UUCUUUAUUAUUUAUAAAUUAAUUUAAAAAAUAUUUUCUGUGCGUGAAAAAUGAACAACUAAAACAGUAAAAAUGAAUAGAAGAAUAGCAAACAAUACAUUUAAAACCUCGAAACAGCCUAAGCUAACUGCGUUUAUUACAAAUAAAUCAAAUGAAACAUCAUCAGUUCAAACCGAAUCUAGUUCAAUUUUAUCCAAACCACAUUCAUCCACUGCGGGUGGUGAAACAAUCGAUUCAACUACAUUGAAUGUAAAUGUAGUAUUGAAGGCUACUACUGGUACGGAAGUAGCAGAUGUUAGUGCUGAUGCUAAAGUUGUAUCAGAUGAUCCUACCGGCAUCGAAUUGCCAAAUGAAAUUGAGCUAAUUGCCAAAGAGUACAUAGACGAAAUUCUGUCAAAUAAUGAGAAAUUGAACAGCUUGAAAAGACCAGAAGAUAAAAAAAUUAAGACUGUGGUACUGAUAGAGCUAUAUAAAGUACGCCAAGGAAUGGAAAAAGUGUACAAUCUUUUUGCUUCAAUCGAAACUUUCCCAUCUGGAACGGCAGUAUGCGAAUCAUCAUUUUCGGUCUUGACCCGAAUCAGGCGGCCUCAACGUAUUAGCAUGUCGACUGAUAGAUUAAAUAAUUUAUCGUUUCUUGCAUACUAACACAAGCGGCUUGUUUCUUUAGACCUGGAAACGGUUCUUUUACGAUUCAAUGAACAAAAAAAUCACAAA